UCUUUAAGCACACUGUAACCCUAUAGGAGGUGCUGCUUGUCACUCAGGCCUCACUAGCCAAUCAGGCCCUCCAGGCAACAGUCAGUCAGAAGAGGUGCAGGGUCCUUCCUGUCACAAGCUUCAGGCUUGGCUUUGAAGAGGAGCUGGGCCAGUGGUUUUGUGUGCUGUGCUGUGUGUGCUGCUGCAGGAAGCUGAGCAGAGAGGUUGGGCAAUCUGGAAAACCACAACAUGGAUCCAGUAACCUAUAAUGAUGUGCAUGUCAACUUCACUCAGGAAGAGUGGGCUUUGCUGGAUCCUUCCCAGAAGAAUCUCUACAAAGAUGUGAUGGUGGAAACUUACAGAAACCUCACUGUUAUAGGGUACAAGUGGGAAGAUAAUAUUGAAGAGCACUGUCAAAGUUUUCGAAGACAUGGAAGGUAAUUUUCAUGUGCAACC